CCGUGUUCCGAGCCGCAGCUUUGGUCCCCACUCGGAUCCAAACAUUUCUUCCCCCGUUCAUUCAGUUUGUUGUGGCCUGUGGGGUUUCGCUUGCCACGUGGUGCCCCACGAAUCCAACCCGAGCCGUGAUUGCGUCUGCGGUUAGUUUAGGUUUUUCGUAGCGCUGUUCUUCAGUGCGCGAGAUCGAUCUAAGAUGUUGGUAGGCGCACCCGCGCGGUAUUAACCUGUUGGUGCCCAAUUAAGGUGGAGGACUAGAAGGCUAUCCUCGUAUGGAUCCUCUUGCCUCUCCCGUCUUCUUUCGCUGCCUUCCUAUUGAAGAAACUAAUUCUGGGAAGAAAGGCAUGGGUGGGAGAAAAGCUUUAGCAGUUUCUGUUGUCUGAGGCAAAGUUUAACGAUUUCGAUCGUUCAAGUUCACAUCUUGGUCCUCUAGGACUAGGAACAGCUUCGCAGAAAUUCGCAUAGUUAUGUAUGAAUAAUCUUUUCACUGCAAAGAGAAGUAUUAUAGGUACUUAUCUGGAAAGUUUUUGGCACUCAAUUAAGUCUUCUUGGUUUAGAUUUUAUAUAGUUCUGAUCAUAUGGCUUCUUAUCAGCAUACUUGUCUUGGGUGGUCUAGUUGGAUCAUGUAAGUUGUGUUUCAAAUUUUAUAUGGCUAUCUGUCUAGUGGAGCUCUGUGCUCAGAUCUUGGAAACGUUGCCGGUUUUGCAGUUGGCAGGCGAGGCGAUACAUCAACCAACCAAAAGAAAUGUCAGCUGGCAGGCAAGCAUACUGGUGUUACCAGUGCCGACAGAGGGUGAGGCCACGGGGCCGGGAGAUGGUUUGUCCCUACUGCGAUUCUGGGUUUGUGGCUGAAAUGGAUGAUGUAGAUGCUCUCAUGAGCCACUUCGUUGGGACGGAUCCUGAUUUCCAUCGCGACCCACGGUUCGGGAUCAUGGAGGCGAUCUCCGCCGUGAUGCGGCAUGGUAUGGCAGGGAUGAACCGGGAGGUUGAUGUCAGAGGGAGGCCGAACUUCUUUUCAGACCUGGAGAUGGAGUUCGGUUCAGGGCCAUGGCUGCUCUUCCGUGGCCAGCUCCCCGGCCACCUCACCGAGGACAACGGUUUCGAUGUUUUCGUCAAUGGACGACGUGGCGGCGGCGGCGGCGGCGGCGGCAUGAGGAGGGCCAACAUCGCGGACUACUUCGUUGGCCCUGGACUGGAUGAUCUUAUCGAGCAGUUGACCCAGAAUGAUCGCCGAGGACCACCACCUGCUGCACAGUCCUCGAUCGACGCUAUGCCCACAGUGAAGAUCACCCAGAGGCAUCUCAGUGGGGACUCGCACUGCCCUAUCUGCAAGGAGAAGUUCGAGAUGGGAUCCGAAGAAGCAAGAGAGAUGCCAUGCAAGCACCUGUACCACUCCGACUGCAUAGUUCCUUGGUUAGAGCAGCACAAUUCCUGCCCCGUUUGCCGUUACGAGCUCCCGCCACAGGGCUCUGCCACCGGUGCUAGCUGCUCGCGCGCGAGAUCAACCGACCAGAGCCAGAGCUCAAGUAGUUCAAGCAGCAGCGGGAGAACCAGUGGGCGUCAAAGGAGAAGGAACCCGUUCUCGUUCCUGUGGCCUUUCCGCUCAUCAAGUAGUUCUCGCUAGAUUAGCCUCUGGUAAUCUUUGCUCAGGUUCGAAAUACUGUUUGUUUUUUUGGGUCAAAUACGCUGGUCUAAUGGGCUUUAAUGUGGUGGGAUCUCAAUCUGUACUGUAUGGUUUGUUAAUGAUCGCCACACGAUGCUUCUCCUUG